UUAAUCAGUCUUUGCUGAGUUGACGUCUGAGUGAUAGCGCAGUUGUAAAGCGUGUUGAGUAGAGACAGUCACGGUGUAGUGCAGCUGAGAUAUUGUAAAAGAAAACAUGAGUGAAGAAAUAAAAUUAUUCACUCGGGAGGAAUUGAAGUGCAGAAACUCACGUGAAGAUGCCAUCCUAAUAAUCCAUAAUGGGGUUUACGACGUUACAAAGUUCUUAGAUGAGCAUCCCGGCGGCGAGGAGGUGCUCCUUGAGCUGGCCGGGAGAGACGCCUCCGAGCCCUUCGAGGACGUGAGCCACAGCAGCGACGCCAGAUCUCUGAUGAAGAAGUACAAAAUCGGCGAGCUGGUGGAAGCGGACCGCACUCCCAGUAAGGCGCACGUGGCCACCUGGGACAACGACACGCGCCAGGAGCCCGGCAAUUCUUGGAGCUCAUGGGUGGUGCCGCUGGUGCUGGGCGUCGCGGCCACUCUCCUCUACAGAUACCUGUUCCUUUAGGACACGUCUGUCACGAGCCGAGACAUCGCCCUUCCACUGACUGACGUAGACACUACAGAUGGACUUGUAAAUAUUUUAACGUCACAGAAAUAUCGUGUUGAUAUUUCCUACAAACGAUAUAUAUGUGUGUGGUUAAUAUAUUGGGAUUUUUUUGUAAUACGUCACGUGCAUCUCGAAUUUGUGGUUAUCCUAGACCUCAAAACAGCUUCUGACCUCUGUCAGUACAAGCUAUAAGUACCUAUAUUUUUAUAAUAGUUUAGUUGUAUAUCUCAAUGUUCAUAAUAAAUCAACAAUUGAAAGUUUUUUAUAAUUUGAUUUCAGCUUUGUUUUACAUAAUAGUAAUAAAUACUAUUGACAAUAUUUUUAUCCUUACUUCCGUAAUGAAUAAGAUGCGAGAUCGUCUGAAUAGAUAAUACCUAUUAGUGCAGUUUCUUUUUAAAAUACAGAUAGCUUUUUUAUUUUAUUUAAAAUAGUUUUUUAUUUGUUGUCAUCAUAAUCGAAAUAUAUGUAUGUUAGGAAUAUUUUCCUUAUAUCGUGAAAUUUUGUACUCGGACAAUUAUAGCAUUUGAAAACCGUAAUCGGUGUUCGAUUAUUAGAUAUGUUAUAGCAUCAAAGUUCAUGAGGCACGUUAUAACUGAAUGUUAUCUACGACUCUGGACGGUGUAAUGUUGUUAUAAUAUAACGUGGCUAACUCGCUAGUGCACAGCUGACAGUACCGACUUGUGAUGCUACAGACCUACCAUUGCAUUAAUUCACGACUUAUAAAAUACCAAACCAAACAUAGACAUUAUUUAGUUUCAAUAUUAUUAAGUAUUUAUUGUCUAGUAGUAGUCUAGAACAUUCAAAUACCUCAUGAUCUUCACACGGCAGCUGGGAUUAGCUGAAAAAAUAUAUCUAGCCGCACAAGCUACACAAGUGGAGUAUAUAGAUAAGAGUUGUUUGGUUCUAGCCUUUGGUGGUUCUUCUUGUAGCUAAAUGUUAAGGUGCUAAAUUAUAAAUUCAAUAAAUGGCUUAGCCUCAAAUAAAUUCAGAUUUUUUUUAAUGUUGACUUAUGAAUGAUUGUUUGAAUUAAAUCUCAUUUGUUCUAAGAUCUUGCUAUUUAUAAGUAUUCAAUAGACCACUGAGUAACUUAUUACAUGGAUGUCAUAUUUUAUAUGGGAAUAAAAGGUACAGUUUUUAAAA